AUGAGAAAAAAAAAGAAAACGUGUUUGGUUUUUUUAAUUUUAAGUUGUAUUUGUUUUUUUAAUUAUUUAUUAUGUUAUGAAGAAUAUUAUGAUGAGGAAUACAAUGAUGAGGAUAAGAACAUUAGUAAUGUAUGUAAUAAUAUAAUUCCUGUGUUUUUAAAUAAUUUAGAAUAUAGUAAUAUAUCUCAUGAGAUAAGUUUGUCUAGAACAUUUUCUUUAAAAUAUCCUGUGCAUUAUAUGUAUUUUCAAUAUUCAUCUGAUAAAAGUAUUUCUAUAAAUUACAAUAUAUAUAACUAUUUAACCUCUGCAUAUGUAAAAAAAGUAGAGUUAUAUGAAUAUGAAAAUAUAAAGAAUGAAAGUGUGUUAUUAUUACAUGCAGAAAAAGAUUCUGAAAAUAAUAUUAAAAUAUUGUAUACCAUAAAAAAAAUAGAUCAUAUGAAUAAUUAUGAAAGACAGAAAGAUAAACGUUUAUUUUAUUUUAUUAUAUAUACGACUAUUGAAAAUGAUUAUGAUAUGACCAGGUGUUUAAAUAUAAAUAUGAGUAUAAACAUAAGAAUUAUAAAGGAUGAUGACACACAAAAGAACAAUCACAACAAUAAUAAUAAUAAUAAUAAUAAUAUUAAUGGUAAUAAUAUUAUUAAUGGUAAUUAUUAUGGGGUUGAGAAUAUCAUACAAAAUAAUUUAUAUAAUCAUCUUCUACCUUUACAUAAUAAAAGCUAUAUUAUAAUAAAAGAUAAUUAUUAUUAUUCCACUAAUGAAGAUUAUUAUUAUAAUAUGAAUAAUAUAGAAAACUCCUAUUAUGAUGAAAAAAGUGGUAAUAAAGUUGUGAUCAUAUAUUCCGUUUUAUUAUUUAUAGAAUUUAAAAAAGAGGCGCAUAUAAAAUUUACAUCUUUCUUAAAACAUGAUAUAAACAAGUACAACAACUUUUUUAUACAUAUAAAAAAAAUUGAUAUCAAUAAUAAUUAUUUAAACAAUAUGGAUAUGCAACAUAUAUUAAAGGUAGGAAAUAAUGAAGAUAAUCUAAAUAAUAAUAAAAAUAAAAUUAUUGAAUGUGAAGAAGAUUGUGUAGAAAGUUAUAUCACUUCACAAGGAAUAUAUCUAGAUACUGUAUUAAAUAAUAAUCAUCUUUAUAGGUUGGAUAUUUUAUAUAAGAUAAAAGAUAAAGGAAUAAAUAAUAAUAAUAAUAAUAAUAUGAAUAAUAUUUAUAAUAAUAUGAAUAAUAUUUAUAAUAAUAAUAUUUAUAAUAAUAAUUAUUAUUAUUAUAAUGAAAAAAUGGAACAUUUAAAAUAUAUGAAAGAGCAAGAAAAAGAUCCUUUCUUAUCAUACCUAUUAUUUUUUAAUUUUGAAUUCUCUAUAUAUAACAUUACACAUAAUUAUAUUCCUAUGAAUUAUAUUAAUAAAAGAUUAUAUACAGAAUGUUCUAAUAAUUCUCAUGCUCCAAAUAAGAUUAUUCAAACAAGUGAUGAGAAUAUGUUGAAUAUAUUUUCUACAAAUGAAUGUUCAAAGAAUUCGAAUGGAUGUAGUUUAUAUGAUGUUAAUGAAUAUAUAAUAUAUAAUAAUAAAGUUAUUGAUAUAAAUGAUAAUUUUCUUUUAAAUUUCGAUAUAAUAAAUUCUUUUAAAAAUGAACAAGUUAUAGAUAUAACUAUUAAUGAAGAUUCUAUAUUUAAUUUUACUAUGUUUAUUAAAUCUGAAAAUAUAUUUGUUAAUUUAUUAAAAAAUAAUUCAUCAGAAAAGGUAUGUAAUACAUAUUAUAUGAAUAAUAUAAAUGAUUAUAAUAUAUAUGAUUAUCAAAAAAAAAACAAAUCUGAAUUUUUUCACAAGCAUUUUAAUGAGACCUUUUUAUAUAAGAAUAAUGAAAAUUAUCACAAUAAAAAUUAUAAUCAAAAUAAUAAUAAAAACCCUUUUGAAUAUGAUAAUUACUAUCAACAUGAUCAUCACUUGAAAAAUUUUUCUAUAGACAAUAUUAUCUAUAUUAAUUGUAUAUUAAAAAAAGGAAAUUAUGAUUUAAAAAUUAUUGUUAAUGGUUAUAAUAAUAUAUGUGAGAGGAAUGAAUUCAAAUUGUUGAUAUAUCCUAUGUCUAUGUAUGAGAAUCAUCAUCAGUGUGGUAAUAAAAUGAAUCAGUUGACGGAUUUAUUUAAUAAUAUGUUAAAUCGUAAAUACGAAAAUAAUAAUAAUCAUAUUAUUAAUAAUAAUAAUAUUAUUAAUAAUAAUCAUAUUAGUAGUGUAUCUAAUAUAAACAAAACAUUUGAUGAUAUUUAUCAGAAUAAUUGGAUUUUAAAUAAUCAUAUAUUUGAAUAUUUCGAUUUUAUUAUAAUAUAUGAAAAAGAACUACUAGCAGAACAAUACAAAGAAAUUAUAGUGACUGUAAAUAAUUCUGUAGGAAUUGAUAUAUUUUUUAUUAUUGUUGAAAAUAUUGAAGGAAAAAAACAUUAUCAUAUAUAUAAAGAUACUAGAAAAAAAAGUAAAUACAUAUUAAAGUAUAAACAUCCAUGUAAUGUAUAUGUUUUAGUGUCUACAAUGUUAUAUACUAGUCAAGAAAUAUGUGGAUUUUUUUUUGUUGAUAUAGAAUAUGUAGAUAAUAUAAAAUUAUUAAAACAAAACGAUCAUAUAAAUGAAUCAAUAAAUGAAACAUAUGAACAUAAUAUGAUACAAAAAAUUAAUUAUAUACCUAAUAUAAUUAUAGGAUAUGAUUCUUAUAGUUAUAAUAAUUUUUGUUUUAUUCCUUAUUAUAAAAAACAUAAACUUACCAUAUUAUUAAAACCAAAAACGAUAGUCAAAAUAAAUUGUUUCACAAAUAAUUAUAUAUAUAUAUAUUUAAUAGAUAAAUCAAACAACAACAAUAAUAAUGACAAUAAUAAUAAUAAUAUUAAUGGUAAAAAAUUAUAUGAGGGUUAUAACCAUUUAUAUAUCGAAUCUUUUGUUGAAGGAGAAUAUGAUAUUAUUUUCGAAUUUAACUCACAAAAUGAUAAAAAUAUUAAUUCCUUUUUUUAUUUACAAAUAUAUAUAUACCCAUUAGAUACAUUAGAUAAAUGCCUUUUCUUUAAUAAUAAUAUGAAUUAUAUAAAAGAAAACUCAAUAAAUAAAUUUAUUUAUGCAGAAAAGUAUGAUACAUAUGAUCUUACGAAAUAUGUUUAUAAUGAUAUUAUUACAAAUAAAAAUAUACCUAAAGUAAUUAAAAAAGAAAAUAAUAUGUUCUUCUUAUAUCAAACAAUUAAUUUCUAUUAUCUUUAUAAAUCUUUCUUUCUAUAUCUUCUACCAACACAACAAAAAGAUGGAUAUAUAACAAAUGAUGAAGAUAAACGAAGAAUUAAAAAAAAAAAAAUUAUAUUACCAAAAAUUAAUUAUUUAUCAAAUCAAAAUUUCAUAUUAAAAAUAGAAUUGUCAUUUCAUAAUAAUAUAUUCCCUUACAAAUUAUAUAUUGAACAAAAUUAUGAAGAUAUUAUAAUGAUUAGUACAAACACUUAUAGAAAUAAAAAUAUUAUGUUAUUAAAAAUAUUAAAUAAUAAUAUAAAUUAUGUAAAUAUAUAUAUUGAUAUGUAUGAAGAUAUUAAUGAUGAAAUCAAAAAUAAUUAUUGUUCAUAUGCAUAUUUUAAUAUUACAUAUACAAAUGAAACCAAAGAACACAAUCAAGAUACAGAACAGAUCAAUUUAUAUAAUAAAAUCAGUUUACCUUUAUUGUUGAAUAAUAUUUUAUCAAAAGAUUAUAUUCCAAUGUUUAAGAACAGUGUAUUACAAAAUAAGAAUGAACAAACAUAUAAACCUGAUCAUUUAUAUUAUGAGGAUCAUAACAUUGGUGUUAUAAAUAGUAUAUCUAAUAAUGAUUUUUUAGAUGACAAAAAAAAAAAUAUUUUGGAUCUAAACAAUAGGAUGAAUAAUGAAUAUGGAAAUGUUAAAAUAGAAGAGCCGAUACAUUUGACAGAUAAUGAUAAUAAUAUAAAUAUAAAUAAUAUAAAUAAUAUAAAUAAUAAUAAUAAUAGUGAUAUGUUUAAUAAUAUGCAUCCAUAUCUUGAGAAUCAUCUUAGAGGUAUCAUAUCUUUAAAAAAUAGCAACUCUGUAAUAUUAAAUCAAAGCAUUAAUUAUAAUUUUGAAAUAUAUAACAACAAUUAUACACUUUUUUUAGUACCAAAUAAUUCCUUUCUAAACAUGUACAUAAGAAAUAAUGAUAAUGAUAAUGAUGAUAAUAACAACAAUAAAAAUAAAAAUAACAUUACUUUGAAUGUGUAUCGUGUUUUAGAUGUAUCUAAAUUAUUUAAUGAAGGUAUUUCAUUUAAUGAUGUGCAGAAAAAAAUUCUUUCCUUAUCUCAUCCUUUUCUAACAUUUACAGAAAAAUAUAUAAAUGUUUAUAGAUAUUUAGAAAGAGGAUUAUAUAUAUUUAAAUUUGAUGAGGAUUCUAAUAAGGACAAUUCAACAUAUACCUUUACAAAUAAUAUAAAUAAUAAUAAUAGAAAUAAUUCUAAUUAUCUCAAUAGUGAUAAUAUGAAACCAUUAUCCUUUUUUAUACAUUUUAAUAUCAUGCCUAUUCACACAAAUGAUCUAGAAUACCAGCAUAAUGUACAAAAUAAUAAUUAUAAUAAUGAUAUAGUUGUAAAUUAUAAAGGAAAUGAUAAUAAAAAUACUUCCCCUUCUGAUAUUCAUAAUUCUAUAUUUAAGAAUGAAUUAUUAUAUAAUUUUUAUAAAGAAUACAACUGUGAUAAAGAAAAUAUUUUAUUUUUUGAAGAUAAAAAGAUAAAUGAUUUAUCAAUUUUUUUACAAAAUACUUGGAAUAAUAUGCCAUUUGAAAUUUAUAUAAAUGAUAAAUUAAAUAUUACAUUAAAUUCACAUAAUUACAACACAUUAAUUUUUAAAAGAUUCUUUAUAUGCUUAGAAAAAGAAAAAAUAUGGAACAAUAAUGAUAAUAUAAAUAAUAGUAAUAAUAACUAUGGAAAAAAUUCUAUAAAUAUAAAAGAAUCACAAGAUGACUCUUAUAUAAACAUUUUUAAUGAUACAACUAAAAAAGAAUAUCUCCUUUUUAAUAUAGUAUUAAAUGUAAAAGGUAAUGUAUAUAUAGAAAUACAACCACAUUAUCAUUAUUUUAUGUAUCCAUUUAUUUUAACCAUCAAAUCCAAAAAUAAUCCUACACAACUUAAUAAAUCUCAUGAUAAAUUAUUUUUAAAUACUGAUUUAGGGGAAGGUCAAUAUGAAAUCUAUAUAACUUUUCUUUCAAAUGAUCAUUAUAAAAAUGUAAAAAUGAAAAAGGUUAUGUUUGAUUUAUUUAUUUUUAUUGACAUUUUUAAAAAUACAAAUAUUAAACAUGCCAAAAAUAAUUUAUCCUUACCAUAUAACAAACAUAUUGAUGAAGGUAUAGAUUUUAAAAUAUAUGAUAAUACAUGUAAAAGUGAUAAUUAUAAAAGAUUAUUUCAUGAAGUAAAAUUAUUAGAUAAUAAUAAUAAUAAUAAUACUUCUAAUGGUUCGAUGAAUGAACAUAACCUUAAAAAAAAUAAUAAUAUUAUAAACACAAAUAUGAAUAAGAAUUAUUUUCAUAUAUAUGAUACAUAUUAUAUGAAAGAAUCUGAGCACGAAAUCUUUUUUGAGAUACCAAAUGAGCCAUAUAUUCUUAAAAUUUUUUAUGUACAUAUAGAUGAACAACAUUAUGAUGAAGACAUAACAAGUGCAGAUUUUUAUAAUAAUACAAAUGACUAUAACAACAACUACUACAAUAAUAAUAAUAAUAAUAAUAGAUAUAAUAAUUAUUAUCAAAUUGAAGAGACUGAUAAUUUAUCUCAUUUUGCCUUUAAUUAUUUAAACACAUAUUUAGAUAUCGAAAAUUUAUUCCAUAUCAAUAUAAUAACAAAUGAAGAUAAUAAAUUUGUUUCUGAUGAAAAUACAAAUGGUCACGAUUUGUAUGUUAAUCCAUUUUUUUCAAAUGAAGAAGAUGAACAUAUAUUAAACUGGUAUAAAAUAGAUAAGAAUUUUAAAUUAGUUAUAAAAAAAAAUAAUUAUGAUUGUGCAUAUUUCAAACUCAUUAUAAGUUUAUAUCCUAUGAAUUAUUUUAAUAGUAUUGAUUAUUUAAAAUAUAAUAAUUAUCUUAAUAAAUAUUUUACAAAUAUAUUUGACACCUUAUCACUUAAGGUCAACCAAUAUCAAGACAUAUCCUUUGAACAAAUUAAAAAUCCGAAUUAUAUAUAUGUCCAUUUAAAAACAAAUGUAAUUUUUUUAAAAAGUUUGAAUUCUAGGGAUCUUUUUUCAUAUCCACUUACGAUUAAAAUGCCGAGCUAUGUAAAAAUCAAUUUUGGAUACAACUUCACUUUAACCAGCUUUGAAAUCAAACUCUUGAAAAACAAUAUGAUAAUAGCUACAAGCAACAAAAUACAAACCAAUUUAAAUAACAAUAUCAACAUAUUUGAAAAUAUGAGUAUUUAUUUAGAAAAAGGAAAUUAUGUUGUCCAAAUUUUUUCUUAUGAUUUAAUUGAAAAGUCUUCUAAUUUAAUAAACAAACUCAGUUUUCCUUUUUAUGCUGAAAUUGAAAUUGUGCAGUUUGUAAAUGAGAAAAUUGACGAUCCUAUAUUGUUGGAUGUUUUCCCUCAUAAUUCGGUCAUUCUGAAUAGAAACUACCCCUUUCUUGUUGAUUUAAUAUUUUGGGGAAGAGCAGAGGAAAACAUAUCCGUGUUGGAUACAAAAGGAAAUAAUAUUAAAUUAAAUAAUAACAAGUUAGUAAAAUAUGGAAAUGUUGAGAUACACAAAUAUGUUUUGUCACCUGAUCAAAUGAGGUCCCUAGGAAAUAAUUUUGUUUUAAAGCUACAGUCUAAUGUUCAUAUGAGUGCAUGGAUGGAGAAAAGAAUGAAUUUUAGCUUUAUAAAUGAAGGUUGGAAUUAUGAUAGACAAACAGAACAUGAGGAAUUAAUAAAAAAUGGAAUAAAAACAAAUAAUAUUGUUGAUGAACCUUCUAAAAUAUCAAAGGGAGAAAAAGAACAUGAGACUGUGCUAUUUGAAUAUGAUAAGAGGGAAAUAAAAACUGAGAGUGAGAAUAAGAGUGAAAUUAAGAGUGACAAUGAUAGUGAGAAGAGAAGUUUCUUACAGAAUGGUGUAAUAGAAAAAAGCAACCUUUUCGAUCUUAAUGAAGUUAUUAAAAAUUUUCGAUAUAACAAAAAAAAGAAAAAAGAAGAAGAUGACUUCCUUUUGAAUGGAUCAUAUAUGAAGUCAAAUGAUAAAUGUUUCUCUUUAUCGAUAUUUAGUUUUGAGAUUUACUGUUUUGAAAAAUUUUAUUUUUUUAUUUUUAUCUUAAUCUUAACAGUAUUAUGGAUUUCUUGUGCCUUUAUAUUUUUAAUUAUAAAAAUAUAUAAAAACUGGAAAGGAUAUAGAAAUUAUGAUAUCAUUGGUGAAAUUGAUGAGGUGACGGGUCUUUUUCAUGCAGAUGAUUUAUAA